UUAUCAAAUGACAAUUGACUUUCAGAUUUCUAACUUUUAUAGAAAUAAAAUAGUUUAUAAACAAUAAAAGCUUUUUUUUCAAAAUUCUCGUUUUAAUUCAUGGUCUAAAGUUUAAAUAUCAGCAAUCGCCUAAAUUCUUAGUGGAAAAUCAUAUUUCUGAAUGGCUUUAAGAAUCGGAUUGCCUCUGCGUAAAAACUACGCGAAAUUGGUCUUUGGUGACAUUUCUCCACUUCAAUCGAUUCGUUUUUUAUCUUCGAGCAAGAGUUCAGUUCCAAAAAUGCGUUUUGUACAAUUUUUGCGUAAAAAUGAUGAUCGUAGCCGUCUUGGUGUGGUGUCUGACGACGGUAGCAAAUUGGUUGAAUUAUCGGGUGGAGCAUGUAUUUCCAAUGACAUGGUUUCGUUUAUAUCCCAAAACAUUUCAAUGGAGGAAAUUCAACGUAAACUGAACGGUCUUCAAACUGAAGAAAUGACAGAUUCACACAUUCUUCUGCCGCCUUUAGUAAAUCCCCAAAAGAUCAUUUGCAUAGGAUUAAAUUUUAAAGACCAUUGUGAAGAACAAAACAAGCCAGCUCCAACGGAGCCCAUGUUUUUCAGCAAAUUUAAUACUGCACUGACCGGACCCACGGGAGAUGUGAUCGCACAUAAAAUUACUACAAAAAUGGACUGGGAAGUUGAGUUGGGUGUUGUCAUCGGAAAAGAAGGCAAAAAAGUACCGAAAGAGCAAGCUAUGGACUAUGUUUUUGGCUAUACUAUAGCUCAGGAUAUAUCGGCCAGAGAUUGGCAAAAAUCUCGUAACGGUGGACAGUUUUUGAUCGGUAAAUCUAUGGAUACAUUCCUUCCCCUGGGCCCAGCCAUUGUGCAUAAAAGUUUAAUCAAAGAUGUUUAUGACCUUAAAAUGCGCACUCUUAUCAACGGUGUAGAAAAGCAGAACCAUUUCACUGGAGAUAUGAUUUUCAAAAUUGACGACGUCAUACAUAGAUUAUCACAGAGCAUCACGCUGAAGCCUGGUGAUCUCAUUUUAACCGGUACACCCAAGGGUGUUGGAAUGUACCGUAAUCCACCGGAGUAUUUAAAAGUCGGUGACGUAAUUGAAACCGAAAUUCAAUGCUUGGGUAGAAUGGUCAACAAAGUUGUCGCCGAUUCUUAACGAUGAUUCCCAAUGUAAAUUGUUUUGCUUUUAAAGUCAAGCUUUGCAUUUAAAUUGUACGUAAAAUUGUGAUUGGUUAAAUGUUUGUGUAAUUAAAUCAUUGAAACAGUAACUUUUGCAACUAUUAAAAAAUAAAGAAAAUUGUGCAUAUAUGUACAUUCAUGUCCAAGGACAGUAAUCAUCAUA